AUGUCUGGCCAUAAUACACCGAUUUCAACAGCUCACUCCUUUCUCUCACUGAAUACUCCAAGGGUGUCUGUGGAGGCAACAAUCAAUUCAGACUUACCAGGGCUCAAGACUCUGCUUGUCGAAUACUUUUCUGGAGCAAGGUUGUUUGCCAAAAUCCAAAGAACAGACACCGGAAUCACUCAGGCAAUAGUUCAGGGACAUCCGAAGCAGUUUCCCUCUUCUCUUGAAUACCUCAGAGAACUGCUAAAAAUCAAAUAUGAUGCUGCUAUUGUUUGGAGCGAAGCGAGCGCUGUUUUCGAAGAAAGCCGAUACAACUCGAUCACUAUUGAAGAAGCUUUACCAACUUUGGAAAGGGAUCCAUCCUCGGGAGAGUUUCUGGAAAAGGAACUUGACGAAAUCUCUUUUGGUGGGUCUGCUGCUACUGAAGCUUUGAAGAAAGUUGUCAAGGAAACAUUCGCUAGUAUGGCAAAUGCAACUACUGGUUUUGGCAUUGCAAAAGGAUGGAUUCCCGCUGUCCCAGAAGAGCACAUCAUUGUCAAACGUGGAGACGAAGAAUACGACUUGGAGGUUUCUACCAUUUCUUCUCUCUCCGCAUUGAUUGAAGCAGUGCAGAAGAAAUUCCCAUUGGCUCUGAAAGUCAAGAAACUCUACCGCUUGUACGAAGGAACUCCAGUCGUUGUGACUGAUGUGAAAGACCUGAUUCAAGGAUAUUUGUAUUAUGUCCUGGCAGGUUUCGAAGAGUUUCCCAAGAAGCAGACCACCAAGUUCACAACAAUCGAGGAGUUCUUUGACAAGUUGAAGAUUCAACAAGAACUGGAUGAUGAUGAAAUUCAGCUUAUCAAGGACUGUCUUGGAAAACAGAGAGUCAAAUUCACCCAAUUGAUGGCCACUGGCGAUCUGGCAUUGACUGAUGAGAAGCUCAAAGAAAUUGGAAUCUCUCAGUUGGUUUCCAUUGUUUACUAUAAAUGUCAGCAGAUUAUAUCCUGGAUCAGAAGAGUUGCUGCUUUUAAUGAUGCUGAUUUACAAGAAGAGCUCAAUUUGAUCAACAAGAAUUCAUUCAAUGCAUUCGCUAGGGCAAUCAGUCGCACACGUCGUCCCGAACUGGACUCUCAUAUUCACAGAAAUGGUGCGUAUGAACCACAUCCCCACGCAGAUACAAUCAAUUUGUUGCUUUCUAUUGGAGAGUCUACACUGUCUGCGAUCAAUUCAGAAACACCAGUGAGCCCUGUCCCUUACGCAGUCAGUCCCCAUAUGGAUGUCAAUGCCAGAAUCAAGAUCUUGACCUGA